AUGAAGGCGAAGUAGAUUACAUYUUUUGGCGCUCCGAGAUUUUUCGAUUUUUCCCCAAAAAUAUUAAACCUAGAACCGUAAAAAUGAUAUCAGGKUGGACGGCAAGUAAUAUUACUGCUGCAGCAUCAUGGUCUCAGCAAUAUGAUACCAAGCCUGAGCAGUCAUCAAACAAUGUUCAAUCCAGCAACUCAGCAGAUACUAGUGAAAACAAGCCAGCUGAGAAUCCUGCUUGGGAGAAAGCUAAGCAAGCACUUGCUAAAGUAGCAGCAUCUAGUCCACAGAAGGCAAAACCAGUACAGAAUGCCAAUAAUAAUGUAGUAAAUACAGCAGUAGUUCCUCCUUAUAGGCAAUAUUACCAGGCUUAUGGAUAUCCUGGCUAUGCUUAUCCACCUCCUGGCACACAAUUUAAUGUGUAUGCAAACACUUAUCCAUCUUAUUUCCCACAAAAUGGAGCCACACCUACACCCCCAGUACCAUACCAGUCUUAUGGACAAGGUCCAUCUCAAGUAACCCCCAAAUCAGAAUCACCAUCUACUCAAUCACGACCCACUGCUGUUGGGCCCAGAGGCCAGUCUAACACCAAUAACCAAGCACCAGCACCAUCUCAACCUGGGCCAUAYAACAGACCAUUUCAUUCUCCAUCAGGACCAGCAAGAAAUUCAUUUCAAAAGAGAAUG